AUGGGAGCGUCCACAAUUUUGCUCCGGCGCCGGCAGGAGGCCGACAAGUUCGCCCGCGAGGACCGCGCCAGCACCGCCGCGCGCGAGGCCGCCAUCAUCAACUACCUCGAGAAGAUCUCCGGCAAGACCAUCGCCCUCCCGCCGGCGUCCAGGGACGACACGAGCAUGAGCCAGGACGUGGCGGCCGGCAAGGAGCUGGUACCCUAUGAGGGCGGCGGCGGCGGUGGCGACACGCUGCAUCUGAUGAGCACGUCGCGGUGGCCGAAGCACGAGGUGGAGGCGCUGAUCCGGGUGCGGACGGGGCUGGAGGGGCGGUUCCAGGAGCCGGGGCUCAAGGGCCCGCUGUGGGAGGAGGUGACCUCGCGCAUGGCGGCGGCGGGCUACGGCCGGAGCGCCAAGCGGUGCAAGGAGAUGUGGGAGAACAUCAACAAGUACUUCCGCAAGGCCAAGGAGAGCGGCAAGAAGCGCCCGGCGCACGCCAAGACAUGCCCCUACUUCGACGAGCCGGACUGCCUCUACUCGUGCACCGCCGGAGCCACUGGAGCCGGGGGCAGCAACAACAAUGCCGGAGACAAGGCGGCCAAGGCGAGCUUGGAGCUGCUGGACGCCGUGGUCAAGUACCCCGACGCGCAGAGGGAGUGCCGGUGGAGGCGGCGGUGGCGCAGGCAGACGAGGGAGGCGGAGGAGUUGCAGCAGCCCGAUUAG